AUGGAUCAUUCGAAACGUCACAGAAGGUUAAACUUGAAUGCGCCAAUCAUGUCUACAAGGCGUUUUGGUUCCGUUGUUGCAGACACAUCAAGUUCAUUAGGUACAUUUCAAAACACAAGUGAAAGAGUUCCGUUUUCGUGGGAGAAAGAACCAGGAAAACCGAAAGAUACGGAGAGGAAUGGCUCGAAAUUAGCAGCAACCUGUCAUCGUUUGUUUCCACGAAAAGAAGCGGCGGAUCUAUCUGAUAUUCUAGAUAAUGCUUGUGAUGAGAUGCAUGACAAAGAUGAUCUUUUCUCAGAUGCUAUGGAUGAUGUGUUUUCUUUAUCAGAAGCAUUGGAUAUAGUUCAAAGAAAAUCAGAGAAAGCUCAUAGUGAUAUCAAUGAAGGAUUGAAACUAAAGCUUGCAGAGUGUAAUGGCUACCAAUCUCCUACUUACUUGAUCAACCGUUUUCUUCCCGAUGCAACCGCUUUGGCUGCAUCGUCGUCGGCUCUACAGUUUCAUAGUGAUUUUGCGGAAAAAGUUUGUGAUUCUUGUAGUUAUCCAGAAUGCUAUUUAUCGGAAUCGGGUAGACAUUCGCAUUCAUAUGCUUAUGCUUCUGGUUCUUCUUCUUCAUCUCCAAAGGGAUGUGGUCUUGAAGUUCUCUUCCCUUGGAGAACCAUGAAGCACAAGUUUUGUGCUGUAGAGAGCCCGGUCCUGCCAUGCUCCACAACAACGAAUCUACCAAAAACUCAGCGCGAGUUGAGACUGAAGAAACACCGGUCGUCAGCGUACAUUCCUUGCACAAAUGUGAAGAAAGAUGUCUGA